AUGCGAAGGGUGACUGGGAAAAAGAGGCGGAGCGGAGGUGAUCAGGAGAGAUUGGAGAUGAUACUGGACGAUGUGAAUGCUGAGCUGACUAAGGCUGUGAAUAGGAUGACGAUGUUGUGGGUGUUCGCCAAGGCAAGAGAGCAGCAGACUAUAGAUGAGGCUAGUGGGGAUAUGUCUAUUGUCGCUUUGAAGUACCUUACUGAUGAUGUUGAUAUAUCUGGGUCGUUGAGAAGGACCACUAGGAGGACUAGGCCAACAGGUUUUGGUCUACCUUGGGGCCGUCCAGUGCCAGGGUCGGCCUUGGUCCGCAUGCCUGGGGUGGAAAAAGGGUUUGUUAAGAAUGUACUGAGUAAGCUUACCUUUGAUACAUUGUUCACCGAGAGGGCUGUGAUACGCACAGUAGUGGGAGUGCGAGCCCUCUGUAUUGACUUGUUGAAGUCCCAUCCUACUGUACAGCUACUGCCUGUCAACUUGCCCUAUAAGCCAUGUAGUUUGGAGGCCUUUAAGGAGUGGCAGAAAGCGGCUAUUGAAAAGACAGCAGCAAAGGUCGUGGACUGUUUCACUGGGAAGGUUGUGAAAAUGAUACGUGGGAAUUUGGAGGUUGUUGGUAAAGGAUGGUUCAAUAUCGACGAGACUAGCCUGGAGGUUUAUAAUUAUAGCAAGCUGAAGAAGUUUAUCGUAGUGAUGCGCCUGAUGUUGCAGGAUUGCCUCAGGGACUUGGCCAUCAACACAGCGGAACUAUAUGUGAGGUACAUCAAAAGGCAUGUGCCGAGAGAAGUGCGUAUAGAGAACCUGCAUACGGUGAUAAACGAGUGGAAAGAGGGAACGGUUCGAAGCGACGGGUCUGAUGCUCCUCGGGCGCUCUUCACCAUAGAGAUCAAACGUAUUGAGAAGAAGGGCGAAGAGUCUCGUCGGUCAAGUGCCGCGCACGCGACUAAUAGACUACUGAGGAAACGCAGCAGUGGGGAGGUAUCAACUCGCGCAGCUUCUGCUGCUGGUGCUGCUAACGCACGGCGAGCAUCACACACUCCGGAGUAUGAGUUUGCCUAUGCUACCAAUCCUGCAAUGUACGUCCAGGCUGUAGCUGGGGAGACACUACUCACUGCAUUGAGAGCUAUCAAUGACGUACCUCACAUAGAGAAGGCCACAGUGCCUCAGCUGUUCAAGUCGGUAGUGUACAGACAGAAGUUGGCUACACUGAGCUUGGAUGACGAUCUAGUAGUGAGGGCCAAGGAGGAGCUGGAGGAAGAGUUAGCGGGAA